AUGGGGAUGUCACGUCGGUUCUCCAGUGUGCCAAUCCUCAAGAAGGUCCUGCCACGGGUUGAGCUUCUGCCAUCCUCCGGAGGGGUUGUUGCCAGCAACGGCAUCGUCGGCAGGAAACCCAACCGCUCACCGCGGUGCGAACGGAAGGAAAUAUUUUAUUUCCGUAUUGCCUGACUUAUUUCCGUAUUGCCUGAGUUGUGACAUUUACAAAAUGAUUGUGACAGAUUUUGACAUAAACAGUUGUUGCCAGGCUUCUAGCAGUUGUUAAACAGUUGCUAUAUGGUGAAUUGUUAAAUGGUAAAGGCAUCGACAAUUGUCAUUAUGACAUAGAUUUUUUCAAAAAGUAAUAAUAUUUGUAGUGUAGGUGAUAGCUAAGAGCUUAAAAAACUUUUCUAGAACCUUCCUAAGUCUAAUUAAUCUGUGGUUGUGACAUAUAAUUUUGACAAACAAUUGUGACAGACUGUUGGCAGGAAACAGUUGCUGCGCAGGCGGAAUUUGGGAUGUUGCAAAAUUGCUCCUCCCAAUUCUAUUGCAAGUUUUUUUCUGUCUUCAAAUGUCGCUUCCUCUAGUCGUCUCAAUUGAAUUUUGUCAUUAUUCAGAUAGCGACGAAAAACCAAGUUUUGCGUUGGCCCUAGCUGAAAAUGAUUAUUACAUGAUUGUGGCUCAUGACUCGGAGCGCUCCCUGUUAGAAGAGGUUGAAAUCGGAAACAGAAUCGUUCUUUCAGGGUUCAUUAUCCGCGGAAAAAUGGAUGGUCUUCAUUAUCUUUCACUGCUGGCUACCUCGUCCAUCAAGGUGCUGUCCCUCAGAUGUCCCUGUUGUAAGCUACAAGAGAUGAGUCUAGACGAAGAUCAUGACGACUACUGA